UCCAAUAACCAACUGAACAAUAUCGCCCAAUGCGGUGCAUUUGCCUGGUUGCACUGAUCGGCCUGCCAGGAGCGGGCAAGUCCUCACUGUGCACCUGGCUUUUAGGCCAGCAGGCUACCCUCCGCGUCCGCCACAUCGUCCACGUGUGCUACGACGACUUCCUCGACGUUAAACCCUCGGCCGAGUUGGCCUACAAGGAGCAGCGCGGACGCGUCUUUAAAGUAAUAGAACAACUCAUAACCGCCAUUCAAGAAGACACCGAUUGGCCGGCACAAGUCAGGCGGAGUACUGCCUCUAGUAGCGACCCCAGCAGUGGAGGCCACCUCAUCCUGUGCGACGAUAACUUCUACUACCGCAGCAUGCGCCACCAGCUCCACCAGCUGUGUCGCACUACUGGCUGCGUCUUUGGACAGAUACACACCAACAGUUCUCUUGCCCACUGCCUGCGGGAAAACUCCAAGAGGAGUGAAUCCAACCGCGUGCCCGUAAAUAUAGUCCGGCAGAUGAAUGAGCGGCUGGAGAAUCCGGGAUCGGAAGCCUGGGAGCGCAACAGUCUCACACUCAACAACUUGGAUAUGGAUGCUACAGGACCUUUGCUCCUCGACUUCAUUAGUUCCCUGCUCGAUAUGCCCGCAUUGCCACCGGCAACGGAAAUACAGACAUCGCAAAAUCAGUCACUAACCCACAGGCUGGAUCUGCUGCUGCGGGCGCGCAUCGGGGCACUGCUCCAGGGAAUGGCGCCGGAGGGCCGGCGGCUGGCAGGCAGGACACUGAACAACAAGCGAAAGCAGAUACUGACACGCUUUCGGACGGAGGGCGAACAGAGAAAUGGCGACGCUGAGGACGAGGCCGUGGAUUACUAUGUACAUUUGUUAAACUAGGCUAAGAUAAGCUAAAUUCGUUUGUAUGCCACACACACACUUGGCGACUUAAAUACAUAGAUAUGUUACUAAACCCUU